CUUUUGACUGGCUAGCAUCAAAUCCUGGACAUAACCACCUGGAAAUAUUGUUCUCCUUGGUAUGAUGAGCUUUUUAAGAAUGAAAAUUGCUGGAGUAAUGGGGCCACAGAGUCUGUGUUAAGUGUGCCCCACCCCUUUCUGGCAGUAUAUAAAGUCCUGGCAGAGCAGAUGGCGUUCAGACUUCACAGUCACCCUCCUGCACCUCAGCUGAAACUUCACCUCUCAAUACCAUGUGUUACAACUACUACAGUGGGUGUGGCUACGGUGGUGGCUAUGGCUCCCGCUAUGGCUGUGGCUAUGGGUCAGGCUAUGGCUGUGACCAUGGCUCCCACUACGGCUGUGGAUAUGGCUCAGGCUAUGGCUGUGGCUAUGGCUCAGGCUACGGCUGUGGAUAUGGCUCAGGUUAUGGCUGUGGAUAUGGCUCCCGCUAUGUCUGCGGAUAUGGUUCUGGCUGUGGAUACGGCUGUGGCUCUGGCCCCUGCUAUGGCUACCUCUGCUAUGGCUACCGGCCACUUUGCUACAGAAGAUGCUAUUCUUCUUGCUGCUAGAACAUCACUAUCUGAGCACCGUUUGCUUCUGAAGUGACACUUCUAGGAAUAAUUCUGCUUCAAGACCUUCUA